UGUCCUCUGUUGAGAGCUCGCUCGCUCACUGGCGCGCGCUCGCACUCUCCCUCCCUCCUUAUGUCUAAUUCGUCUCGCGCUGCCGCCGUUGUUAUUCGCGUCUCCUCGGAGCCCGCGUGAGCUCUGCAACGGGCGUCCGCGAGGCUGUUCUCUCUGCCUCCGGCGCUGCCGUCGCCGCCAGGGAGCCGUUGCCAUGGCGGGGGGGCUGGCUCGCGCCGCUCUCCGCGCCCUCCCCCCGCCCGUUGGGCUGGCGCUGCUAGCGCUGGUGCUCGGGGCCCAACGGGGGGCCCAAGCUUUAUUAUGUUUGUGCUCUGACUGCAAUCAAGCCAAUGCCACAUGCGAAACAGAUGGCGCCUGUAUGGUCUCCAUAACAAAUGUGAAUGGAAUGAAGCAUCACACCCGGACAUGUAUUCCUGAAGUAAAGUUGAUUCCUGCUGGAAAACCAUUUUUCUGCCUUAGUUCAGAAGCUGUACGCAACACACAUUGUUGCUACUUUGACUACUGCAACAAAAUUGAUCUUAUGGUACCCAGUGGACAUUGGAAGGAUAAUGAAACUUCUUCAAUCUGGGGGCCUGUGGAGCUGGUAGCUGUCAUUGCAGGACCAGUCUUUCUUGUGUUCAUCAUUAUGAUUAUAGUAGUUUUUGUCUUCCAUCACCAUCCACGUGGCUACCAUAAUCGUCAGCGAUUGGACAUGGAGGAUCCAUCUUGUGAGAUGUGUCUGUCCAAGGAUAAGACUCUGCAAGAUCUAGUCUAUGAUUUGUCUACUUCUGGCUCUGGCUCAGGCUUACCACUGUUUGUCCAACGUACUGUGGCUCGAACAAUUGUCCUCCAGGAAAUCAUUGGCAAAGGUCGCUUUGGGGAAGUGUGGCGUGGUCGAUGGCGUGGUGGUGAUGUAGCUGUGAAAAUUUUCUCAUCACGGGAAGAGCGAUCAUGGUUUAGAGAAGCUGAAAUCUAUCAAACAGUCAUGUUGCGUCAUGAGAACAUUCUGGGAUUUAUUGCUGCAGACAACAAAGAUAAUGGCACUUGGACACAAUUAUGGUUGGUCUCUGAUUACCAUGAGCAUGGCUCUCUGUUUGAUUACCUCAACCGAUAUACUGUAACUAUUGAAGGGAUGAUUAAAUUGGCUCUGUCUGCUGCCAGUGGUUUGGCACAUCUGCACAUGGAAAUAGUGGGGACUCAAGGAAAACCUGGGAUUGCACAUCGUGACUUGAAAUCCAAAAAUAUAUUAGUGAAGAAGAAUGGAACUUGUGCCAUUGCAGACCUUGGUCUAGCUGUCCGCCAUGAUUCUGUUACUGAUACAAUUGAUAUUGCCCCUAAUCAGAGAGUUGGAACAAAACGUUACAUGGCCCCUGAGGUUCUUGAUGAAACAAUAAACAUGAAACAUUUUGAUUCAUUUAAGUGUGCGGAUAUCUAUGCCCUUGGCCUGGUUUACUGGGAAAUUGCGCGCAGGUGCAACUCAGGAGGUAUUCAUGAAGAAUAUCAGCUCCCAUACUAUGACCUUGUGCCCUCUGACCCAUCCAUUGAAGAAAUGCGAAAAGUGGUAUGUGAACAGAAACUACGACCGAACAUUCCCAACUGGUGGCAGAGUUAUGAGGCUUUGCGAAUUAUGGGGAAAAUGAUGCGGGAGUGCUGGUAUGCCAAUGGAGCAGCACGGCUAACAGCUUUACGCAUCAAGAAAACUCUUUCUCAACUCAGUAUCCAGGAAGAUGUGAAAAUUUAGACUGCAAGCACCAUCUUGAGGAAAGUGCACAAAAAGCUGCCAUGCAAGAAUUGAUGUGGUGAAGAAGGCCUACCUCGUCUUUGUAUUCAGCCUGCUGCUAUCAACUGGACAGCUUGGCCUGCAAGUGGCCAGGUGAGGAGGAUCGACAUUAGAGACUUCACUCAUUUCCUCAUUCAAGAGUGAAAUGCAUCUUUUUUGAAUUUCCUCUCGAAAGCGUUUUGAGGGGCUUGUAUAGGAGAAUGUCAGUCACAAUAUAACCUUGUUUCUCUUAUGGAAAUCCCUGUAAAUUUGAGUUAUGUGCUGAUUAGGGAAAGCCUUAUGGCUUGGGAGAAGAAGAUACUUACUUGUGGAUUAAAAAGUGUGGCAAGGGGAAGGUUUCAAGGACUGAUAUGUACACACAGGCACCUUGUGUGCACUUUGUCGGGCCAGAUAGUGGCCCUUUUCUAGCUCAAUAGAUCCUAAGCCAGAACUACAGCGUGUGCAUGUGCAAAGGUAUGCAUCCCUUUGCCUCGUAGGUGUGUAUUGUGUCUGCUUGUGCUCCUGUGCAUGUUGAAAAUGUAGAGUGUCCUUUUGUGAAGUGCAGGUGCUAAUUCCCUAUUUCUCACUAACUGAUAAUUAGCUGUCUUCUCACUAGGAAGGAGUAGGUUUCUGCUCUGCUAAAUAGUAGAAUUGGGGGGAGGGGCACCAUACAAAUGGUUUCACUGCCAUUAUUCCCCUCUUUAUUUAAAGCAGGGAAAAUACUUUGAUUGUGCGUGUUUGUUUUUUCAUUUAUAAUUCUCUCAUAAUGGGUAGCAAUGAUUACCUAGCAAGCAGAAAGAAUUGUGAAAGAAUUAGAUAUCUGCUGAAAUUGGUGCUUUCCUAGUUAAAGAAAGACAAACAAAAUUGACCGUAUAGGAUCAUUGCCCUUCCAUUUCUCAAGGUGCCUUUGGCAGAACUACAUUUCUCUAUCGAAUGAAAUGGCUGUGGAGAAAUAUGCACUCAGAGACUUCCUGGCAACAUUUGUCCUUUCAAGGAACAAUGACUGCAAAAUAAAGCUGGUGUGUGCGUGUGUGUACGUGUGUGUGUACGUAUGUUUAUGUGCAUAUAGAUAGUUAAAUAUAAUAUGAUCUCCCUUAUUCUGGAAGCUACUUUGUGUCACUUGGGGGUGGGGUGGGAUGGGAUAGGGAAGGAUUGGGAAUGGAUUAACUGCAUGCAUUUUGUUUGAAUUAAAUGAUCAGGGCGUAGUAGGAUUAGGCUGUCACAUCUUUUGGGGUGGGGGGUGGGGAGACAGCCUGAGAUUGUAUUGUGAUGCAAAUAAUGCAUUAGAAACUCCAUUAUGUGUAGGUUGGGUGUUUGAUAGAUAACUCCUGAAGCCAUAACUUUUAACUGGAGUGGUUUGAUUAAUUUUUUUAAUUCUUAUUUUAAUGGAGGGGCUGGAUUUUAACUUUUUUUACUAUUGUUUAUAAAAUAGAUAAUUACCUCUCAUUUGUUUAUAAAGAAAUCACUGCAAAAAAGGAAAAAAACUGAGAAAUGCACACAGCUCAAUUUUACACUGGAACUGUUUCUAUAUAAACCAUGAGCCCUCGACUACUAAGAGGAGGAGUUAUCCCUUCUUGGACAGGGGAUUUUAUAAGAAUAUAAAACAUUCUGUGUUUGUUGUUUCUCCGAAUAGGCAUGUGUUUGUCUUUCCUUCCCUCGCCCUUAACCUUUCUUGUGUCUUUGUAUUAUAUACAUUGCAGAGUUGCAUUGUGUAUUGGAGUCAAUUUGACAUGUUCCUUUAGGUCUGUAACAAGUUGUAGCUUCUUUUAAUGCUGUGUUUUGAAAAUCUCAGGCGCUUUUGUUUGUAGGGAUAUGUGGGAUUUGUGCUUCUGAUUGUAAAACUUGCCUUUUUCUAUUAUUUUGGUCUGAUCAUUUCUGAGCCAGAGACCACCACAAAUCUCUAGCAAAGGGACACCAUUUACUAAAAUCUUCCUUGCAUUUCUGAUCUAAAGUAAAAGGCACCUUGAAAUUUAUGUUAAUCAUAUAUUUUCAUAAAUAAGAAAUGGCAUCUAUGAUUGCUGGAGUUGGAAUUGAGAACAAUGUAUCACGAAGAUUUACACUUGGAGCUCAGGUAAUGGAAAUGUUCAUGUGUAUAAUUUACUGUCAAAUCCACCUCCAAUUAAAAAGAGCCAUUUGAUUUUCAUAGAUAAGCUGAAGAUUUUAAGUGAUAGACAUGAAAUUAACUUGAGGCUAAAAAGUGUGUACUUCCCUUAAACGUGUUUUGUAUUGCCUAGUGGUAAAUAAUUUUGCCAAAACGUGUGUCCUAUUCGUAUUGCAUACUUCUUGACAUUUUACUCCUAGAUCUACGGCUUAGAGGCAGAUUAACCUGUUUUGUAUAGUCAGUUUGGAGUAGAAUUCCCCCUAUUAUGCCUUAUAGUAAUUUGCUUCAAAUAUUACAUCAGUUGCUUCCUUCUCAGAAUAAAUCAGUUCUGCAUGAAAGGCUAUUUAUUUAAUAGUGCAUGUAAUCUGCUCGAAUCCCAUAAGAAAUUGGGGAUGUACAACAUCAUAACAAAAAAAUCCCAACCUAUAACAAUAGCCAAAUUCAAAUACUUAUCAAUAACAAAAAAUAACUACAGAGAGCAGAAAUAAAAAGAUAAGCUGGCCAUCCAGGAUCAAAAGUGCACUGAAAUAAAAUAGCUUUAAACCUGUUUACAUUAGGUGGGGACUGCAUAUACUUUUGCGGGGAGAAUAUUCCCUGAGUUGGAGGAUACUGUAAACUUCACAGACCCUUUCUUGAUGACUAAACCAGUGAAUGCUGGUAUAAUAUUGCCUGCAUGUAUCCCACCAUGUGCCAUUUAGGGCUUUAUGGCCAAUGGCCAGCACUUUGAAUUGGCCCAGAAGCUUACCAUCUACCUAUGCAGGAUCUUUAAUAUAGGUGUGAUUCUGGCUAGAUGGGGCUAUCUUGCCAAUAAUCUUACUGCCACAUUUUGUAUCAGGUACAACUUCCAGAUUGUCUUCAAAGGCAGCUCAUUGUAAUACACAUUGCAGUAGUCAAGUAGUAAUCAAAGUCUGAGUUAUUGAAGACAAGGCAUCCUGUUCUAUGUAGGAUUGUAAAUAGUGAAAACCUGACCACAGUUUCCACCAGUCAUUUAAGUAGGAAUUGUGAAUCCAUGCAGACCCCAAAUUGACAACCACAUCCUUAAGGGGGAGAUAAUGCUGUCCAGAGUGGUCCACUGACCAUUAUCAACCCUGCCUCACAGAAUUUGAUGUUAGCUUGCUCCAUCCAAACCUCAUAGAUGCUGAUUCAAAACGUCUGUAGGAUUGUGAAGUAUAAUUGGCAGUCCUUAGGGUUCAAAGAAGAUGCUAUGUUUUAGAGCUCACCUGUGGACACAGGGUGGUUCUGCAGUCCCAGUCUGGAAGUACAGAGUCUAGCACACAGUGGGGGCAAUGGAAGUCCAUUGUUGUAGUAAGAAUGGGUGUUAUUCUCUGAUGCUGCCCAGUUGUUGUUUUUUCCAGUUUUGAUGGGCGCCUGGUUUUUAAAGCUGGUUAAGACUUCAUAGCACAGAGCUUGCUAGCAUAUUCUGUCAUUAGUUGUGACUUCUAGUUCCCAUAGUUGGGUGUCACAGUAGCAUAGAGUUUCAUUUGCAGUGUAUUUGUAGAGCUUGCAUGGUUGACUCUGAAGUCUCUUCUCAAGCUCCAGUAGAGCAACUGGCAAGGCAUAUAGCGGUCAUCCAUGCUGAGGACAUAUCUCACCCAUCUCCUAUGACCUCUCAUAAUUAGGGACUUGGUGCUGGUGGACGCUGCAUAAUCCAGGACCUCCAGAUUGGAGGUCUUACCAAUGAAUGCCAAGGGUUGAUUGGAGAGCGCACAUGUGAAAUUUCUCCACUUUGAUGUAUCUUCGGUGCAGAGUCCAGUACUCACAUUUAUAUAAGAGGGACGGUCUACAGCUCUGUAGACUUUUUGCUUCAUGGAGAUAUGGAUGCUGUGUUGAUUAAGCACUCUAGUACACAGUCGUCCCCGUGCUUGACUAUCCACGCUGAUCCUGAAGUCAAAUUUCUUUCUCCAAAAAAACAUCACUCAAGAUGAUGCUUCCAAAGUAUUUGAAGCUACUUAUCAGCUUAGCUUGAGCCAGUAAAUCGCCUGUUCCACCAGUUUCAUAUAGAUUUUAAACAACAUGGAGCCCUGUGGGAGUCCACACUAAAAACUUCAUGGAUUCAAGUGCAACUCCCACAAGUCACUGAAUGACCACACUCUCAGGUAGGAAGCAGUACUACUGUAAAAUGGUGCCUCAAACUCCUUGUAAGAAGGACACCAUGGUAUUCUUGAUGGCAUUUAUACUUAGUUCUGAUAAAACCAAGACCGGCAUAGUCCCCUCGCCCCAUCUGCAUCUGAAGGAAGUUUAUCUAUCAGGAAAGACAGUGCCAUUUUUGUCGCAUAACCAGGUCUUGAUCCUGACUGAACAGGGUCCAGAUAAUCUGCUCCCUCUAGGAUCUUUGCUAGCUAAUUACCUACUACUUCGCAAUAUCCUUUGUUAAGAAGGGUAGAUUACAUAUAGGGCAAGCUUUAUCAAGCACAGCUGUACCCAGUUUUUCUUUUUCAGUUGCCCCCUUCAAAGCAGACAGCAUCCGCUUCUCUCUCAAAGAAGCAUAAAUAACCUCCCAGAUCCAGCUGAUCACACUCUAGACACCCACCCAAAGGAGUCACAAAUACAACAUAAUGGUGGGUGAUCAGACUGCAGAGGAUUCUGUCUGCUUUCUUGGAUUCCACAAGCUCAGAAUAAUCCAGAUCACAUCUGGUGGCACCCCGGGCCCCACAAUAGGCUUUGCCCUCCUGGCAUCCAAUCCAGAGAAGACAAGGACCAUUUUAUUCAUAAAGAAACCAUCAAAUUAAUCCAGCAAAACUGGAUUCUUGAGAUUGUGUGUGUGUGUUAUCAUGACAAAGUAAAAAUGACCAAAGAAUUGUUUUUCCUAAAUGGAAAACAGGAAUAUUUGCCUGAUUUUACACUGUAGGCAUAUUCAAAAAAGGGCCCUUAGAUUGCACCAUUUUAAUAAAGCAGAGUUGAGUGGUGCUUUAAGACAUUUCUUUGAUGUGUCUAUAUCACUCCAGUGACUUGGUAGUUAGCUACUGCAGUUGGCAUCUUUGACUAAGAGGAGCAAAUAUUCUGUUUACUAUGAUAACAAUAGCAUUAAUAUUUCUAACCAUUCCUUAUAGUUACUUAAAAGUAAAACUAGUAGGAGGUUCCAUUUUAAAUUAAAUCAGUAACUGUCAUGGUACAUUGAGGUUCUUUUCAUGAAAUUUUAGUCCAAUGACCAAUAAUCCAGCUAUGGGGUACAAUAGCAGGAUAGAGUCCCCAUGUUAAAUUCCAUUUGGGGAACGUCAGCCAACUUUAUCAGAACAUUAAAAAGUCUUGAUAUGAAAUUUCCCAAUAGAAAACUGCAUUUGCAAUGCCCUUAAUGUUUUCCAAAAUUUAUAUGGUAUGGCUUAUACUUGGGGGUCACACCGGCUUCAGAAUAGAUCAUUCUUGGUACUAUUGUCUUGUCUCUUCUGUCUUUCUUGUCCCCAAAAUUUAUUCCUUCUUGACCUUUAUAUUUGUUUCAAGUUUUAUAUGUUUUACUAGAGAAAGACUGUAAAAUAGCCACUUAGACACUUUAUCUCCUCAGUAUGCAAAUGUAAAUAGAUGUAAUAUAGGAAAGAAAUCUUUUGUUUUAAUAUAAGAAUGAGGCUGUCAAAUUUUUGCUUGUACAUUAUUAAAAGUUUGUUUUUAUUCACAUAAA